AUGUCGUGCAAUCAUUGUAGUACAAAAUUCAAUUUCUUUCAUAAAGAGAUGGGAUGUUCGAACUGUGGCUUGUCAUUCUGUAGUAAGUGUUUAAAACAAAAAUGUAAAAUUCCUUGUAAAGGUUCUGGAGAAUAUAAUGUUUGUAAGCUAUGUUACUCCAAACUGGCAUCAAGUUCAAGUACAAUACAGCAAAAUAUCAUUUCACCCCCAGAAAUAUUUAUAAAGAGAUUAGAAAAUUUGGAAAAUCCUUCAGCACCACCAAUAACAAUAUAUAGACAAGACACUAAAAUACAAGCGCUACGAAGUGGUCUGUCUCCUGCUGAUCAAAAAUUGGUUGAUCGAUUAGAAAAAUUAAAAGAUGAUGGAAAAAGACCUCCACCGAGUGAAAGUGAGAUUAGAGAAAGACUUGCUAGUUUAAAAGGAGAAAACAAUUAUGUUGAAGGACCUAGCAGACUUGUGUAUGCUGCCGAUACAAGGACCGACCAACAGAAAGCAGAUUCAUUAUUGGAACAGUUUAUGAAUGAACGAGAUAUAGAACUUUCUCAUAAUCCACAAGAAGAUAUAGAAGCUAGACUAGCUACAUUACGAGAACAAGGAGUGAGACCAAAUGAGGGCCAGUACAUCAGCAAUUUGCAUGAUUCGAGUGGUUCCGAAGAGGAGGUUGAUAAGAUUACAAAAAAGAUAAUGGAUGAAGUUGCAUUGGAUGAAAAAUGUCCUGUGAAAACAUCGGUGAAAAAGAGACCCUCGAAUGAUGAAGAGCAAGAUGGUACCUCGUCGCCUGAAUUGCCAUGGUGUGUGCUAUGCAAUAACGAUGCUAAAUUUAGGUGUUUGGAUUGUAGUGGAGACUUAUACUGCAACGAGUGCAGUACAGAAGUACACAAAAAUUGGGGUGAUACUGACCAUAGAGUAAUUCCAUAUAAAUCUCAAUAAAUUUGAUUUAUUUAUAUUUCUCGGGUAUUUAUAUUUAGUUACUGAUCUUAAAACAUUCACAAGAAAAAAAUAGAA